AUGGACCAGGUCACCUACACCGUGGUGCGCUUCGCCGCCGCCAUGAAUAUAAAGACCAAGCUCUACAUGGCGUACCACACAAUUCCGCAGCCGAGCUUAAUUUUUAUCAGAUCCGCCGCAUUAAUCGCCCUGCGAGACGCUGAUCGACAAGUGCAACGAGGUGCUGGUAGCAUUAUCACCGAGCUCGUUCAGCGCGGAGGUCUACUGGCUUGGCCAGAGGUUCUUCAUGAGCUCCUGGCGCUCGUUGGAAAUGCUUCUGGCGACACUUCCAUCACUGGGAUGGAAGCCUCAAUGGAUGCGUUAUUUAAGGUCUGCGAGGACAACCGAAAGGUUUUGGACCGAGACUACCAGGGACAACGCCCGCUUGAUGUGAUGAUUCCCAAGCUCUUGGAAUUCAGUGUUACCCGUGACAGCGCGCGUGUGCGCGCCCAGGCCCUGAAGACCAUUCACAUUUUCUUGCCACAUCAGCCCCAGGCUCUUAUAGCCUCCUUGGAUAUUUUCUUAUCGCAAUUGUUCAAUCUUGCCGGUGACAAUGAUACCGACGUCCGUAAGAUGGUCUGCCAGUCGUUCUCACAACUUGUGGAGUUUGCGCCGGGGAAGCUCAUCCCGCAUUUGGAUGGCAUUGUGAACUAUAUUCUAAUGCAGCAGCAAAAUCAGGAGGACCCGGAGUUGGCUCUCGACGCGGCAGAGUUUUGGAUCGUUGCUGGGGAGCAGAUGCAUUUGAAAGAGCCCCUGGAACCUCACAUGCCCAAAGUCAUUCCGGUUUUGCUCCGAAGCAUGGUGUAUGAUGAGGACGAGGUGAUAAAUCUCAUGGCCGAUGCGGAAGAUGACGCUGAUGCGGAGGAUCGAGCGGAGGACCUGAAACCACAAUUCGCCAAGUCUAAAGCCGAUCAUCUCGCAAAGAAGCAGCAGGGUGGUGACCAAUCGGAUAACACAACCCCCACGGAGCAGCUGGACUACGACGACGAUCUCAGCGAGGGGGAGAUUGAGGAUUCGGAAUUUGGCGACAACCCCGAAGAGGAGUGGACCCUGCGGAAAUGUUCUGCCGCCGCACUGGACAUCUUCUCGAACGUGUACCACGACCCCAUCUUUGAGAUUAUCCUACCUUACUUGAAAAACACCCUACGCCAUGAGCAGUGGCCUCACCGUGAGGCUGCUGUCCUUACCCUGGGUGCUGUCGGAGAGGGUUGCAUGAAUGCUGUCCACCCUCACCUUCCUGAGCUUAUCCCAUACCUCAUUUCUUUGUUGAACGACCCCCAGCCCGUUGUGCGCCAAAUCACCUGCUGGUGUUUGGGACGGUACUCCGAGUGGGCUUCGCAUCUUGCUGACCCAGCUCAGAAGCAACAGUUUUUUGAGCCGAUGAUGGAAGGUAUUCUCCGUCGGAUGCUUGACAACAACAAGAAGGUGCAGGAGGCGGCUGCUUCGGCCUUUGCCACUCUCGAGGAGAGGUCCGAUGACAACCUGGUACCUUACUGUGAGCCUAUUCUUCGUCAAUUCGUUCAGUGCUUUGCCAAGUACAAAGAUCGCAACAUGUAUAUCUUGUACGACUGUGUCCAGACUCUAGCCGAGUGCGUUAUGACCGAGCUUGCUAAACCACAGCUGGUGGAAAUUCUCAUGCCAGCUCUCAUUGAGCGAUAUAACCAAGUCGACGAUAAGGCACGCGAACUCUUCCCUCUGCUUGAAUGCUUGGGCUACAUUGCUGCCGCCUAUGGCGAUGCCUUUUCUCCUUUUGCUCCCGUAAUUUUCCAGCGGUGUACCAAAAUCAUCUAUGAGAAUCUCGAAGAGUCGAUGAGAUCAGUCAAUAACGAAGGGAUUGAUGAGCCUGACAAGGACUUCCUCGUCACCAGCCUGGACCUUCUUAGUGGCCUUAUUCAGGCUAUCGACCCCGAAAAGAGUGGCGAGUUGGUUCAACUCUCUCAGCCCCGUUUCUUCGAUCUGCUUUGUUACUGCAUGUCAGAUAGUAAUUACGAGGUCCGCCAGUCCUCCUUCGCCUUGCUAGGGGACUGCGCCAUCAGUAUCUGGCCGCAACUGGAAUCAUUUAUCCCCAACAUCAUGCCUACUAUUAUCAAGCAGCUUGAUUUGGACCUUAUCCGUGACGAUGAUCGCCACACUGGUUUCAGUGUAUUGAAUAACGCUUGCUGGUCGCUCGGUGAAAUAGCCGUGAAUGAGAAGGCCGCUCUUGGUCCCUACAUUGACAAGCUGUACCAGGGACUGUUGGGCAUCAUCAACAACGGGGAGAUCAUUGAAUCAGUUAACGAGAACGCAGCCAUGGCCUUGGGUCGACUUGGUCUUUGCUGCUCUGACCAGAUGGCACCCCGACUUGGUGAGUAUGCGAUGCCUUUCCUCACCUCGAUGAGCCAGAUCGAUUUUACCCGUGAGAAGGCAUCAGCGUUCCUGGGAUUCAACCAAGUGGUGAUGAAGAACCCACAAGCGAUGGAGUCUAGUUUGGCGGCUUAUUUCCAGGCCAUUGCCUCGUUCCCGACCAAGUCCCUUGCACAGGAAGAAUAUAGUGAUAUUCAGAACUCAUUUCAGCAGGUUUUGCAAGGUUACCAAAACAUGAUACCCGAUUUCGAUUCGUUCCUUGCGCAACUUCCGUCUGCUACAGCACACAAGCUGCGUUCCGUCUACCAGGUUUAA